AAACCUACCCUGUGGAUCCUAUGAACGAUGACUACUACGAUUCGGAUCAAGGCACAGGAAAACAUUCGCAAGGCCCAACAAAAGCAGAAUUGGGAAAACAAUUAGGCGCUCUAAGAAAAACGAUCCAACAACUUGUGGACUGGAUGGAACCUGACGAAGAGCUGGAAGUUAAGGAGGGGGAAGUGAUAUUUCGAUACCAGGAUCAAAAGUUCUACGAAGGGUUUGGAAGGACAAAAAGGAGGACCAAGGCUCAGCAAAUUCAUGACCAUUUGGCUCUGUAUCUACAAGACCUGGACCACCCCAUGGGGACCAAACUUGCAAUGCCCAUCGAAGCCGCUGGAGAAACUUGGAGUAAAAAACUAAGUAACAUAUGUAGCGACAUCGAAGACCUAAAUCCAAGAACCCAAUCAAUGGCCGAGAUAUUGGAGACCUACUAUAAAGUAGGAAGCUUGCUGUUUGAGAAGGAAUGGGGUAAUGAAGCACGAAGGGAGCUGGCUGAGCAACUUCCGACUUCCAAGCAUAUAUCGAUUUUGGUGUUGAAACGAAUGUUGGAGGGAGAUUUUUCUGGAGCGAUGUUGGCGGAAGCAGGAAGGUUGAGAGAGGAGGAAAUUCGGAAAAUG